UACCACACAAACAACAAUUGGGGAAAGAUACAGUAAUAAACCCCUUCCAAUACAUAAAUUAAAACAAAAACUAAAGCAAAAAAAGAAAGGAAAAGGAAAAAAAAAAAAAAAAACCACGCUGUUCGUAGUCGUCGACUCCUACUCUCCGAAACCAGUGGGAUCUUGUAUGUUGAGCAGAUUCAAACAGAGUUGAAUGAAAAUGGUGGCAAGCCAUCAUUUUACUCGAAUCAACACACUAGAGCUGAAAGAGCUUAUUUAUGAAAAGAUCGGCCAACAAAGAGGUGAGACCUACUUCGAUCAGCUGAAGAGAUUUCUGAGUUCAAAUCUGAGCAAGGCUGAGUUUGAUAAGAGCUGCAUAGAGACAAUUGGGAGAGAGAAUCUCCCUAUUCAUAAUCGCCUCAUCCGAUCCAUCAUCCAGAAUGUUUCUCAGGCUAAAACCCCGCCUCAAAAAGUCGAGGCACUUGGUGUUAAAGUUUCCAAUGGUUACUCGAGGAAUCAUCUUCAUUCCGUUUAUGGAGAUGCAUUUCCUUACUCUCCUCGCAAAUGUAGGUCCCCGCUCAGUAGGGAUCGCAAGUUUCGUGAUCGCCCUAGCCCUCUUGGCCCGUUGGGCAAGAGUCCUAGUCUCACAUGCGAAGAAACAGUUUCAAGGAUACAAGAGCAGCAAGGUGCAGCAGAGUUGCAGACUAUCUCUGGUAAGCCUCCGACAGGUGCUGCCUCAGUUGAAGAUGGGGAAGAGGUUGAACAGUGUGCUGUGAUCCCGGUUUCUCACAGAUGGAGUUCUAUCACUGCUCCGUUUGGUGUUUCUGUCAACUUGGGCGGUGCCCGCAAAGUGUCUCAUUCUGACCCAUAUUGUCAAACCAGUGGUGAAUUGCCUGAUACAAGAUCCCUAGGACGUCGUUUGCAAAAGAAGUUGGCAUUGGAGGGAGUUGGCAUUACACUAGACGGUGCCAACCUGUUGAAUAAUGGUCUAGAUGUGUAUCUGAAGAACGUGAUUUCACAAUGUAUAGGUGUUGCAAGAUCACGACAGUCCAAUGGUGUAAGGAAAAUGCAGCCGAGUAAUGCAAGAAUGCUAGAUUUUCGGGUAGCCAUGGAGUCGAAUCCAUCUAUACUCGGUGAAGAUUGGCCCAUGCAUCUUGAGAAGGUAUGCAACUAUGCUUUACAAUAAGCUCCGAGAUCUGGGAGCAACUUGACCCAAAUUUGACAAUAACUCGAAGUGGAAAAAUAGUUGGCUAUUUGGGAGCAACUUGACACAAUUUUGACGACUACUCGAAGAUGAAACAAGUUGUGGAUCUGUGAUUGAAGUUAGUGGGUGUUGGUAGCUUUAGUUGUAGGAAGAGGAGAAUGUGUAUACAGGCGAUCCAACACAUGUGAUAAUAGUCUUUAUCAUCAUUGUUUUGUUAGUUCUUAAAUGGUGAUAUUUUGUUGACUACAAUAAACUUAGUUUAUGUAAGAGAAGUCAUAAAUUAUUUGUA